AUGUCCACCUCACCGGCCUCUAAACGCAACCUGAAGCCCUCACCCAUCGUGGCAAGCGCGCAGCAGAACGCCCAGUUCGCCCCUUCCGCCGAACUGCCGAAGAUACAACCCGCGUCCACGGCGCCGCCACAAGAGUCGUCCGGGUCGGCGGCGCAACCCCCUUCGCCAGUUGGCACACGCAAACGCAAGUCAGUGAGCCUUAAACACCCGUCCGAUCAGAUGGCACACGCUCCGGCAACGGCAGGCGCGGCGGAGAAUGUGGAGGCUCCGCCUGCCGCCGACACUGAAGCGCCUGUGCAGGAGCCAAAGGCAAAGAAGAGCCGCACAAACACACCGUGGACGCCAGCAGAGGAGCAGAGGCUGAAGCAGAUGAGGGAUGCUGGCCACAGCUGGAGCGAAAUCGCAAAGGUAUAG